CCCCUUCACUCAUCCGGCUGUGAGUGAUCGGUCCGUGGGGAGGAGCUGAGUGUCGGAGAGAGAGGAGCUGGUGUUCAGUGUUAAUGAAGCAGCAGCAGUCGACUCAUGGAUCACAGGCUACUCUCAGAUUGAAGAACUCCUCCAUUACUGGCCAGCUCUUUGUUAUUACCUCUGAAGACGUGAAAUCCUCUUCCCCAGGACCCAGAGCAGCGGCAGCGGCAGCAGCGACGCCCCGGGGCCGAUAAUAAGGACUCACAAUGUCGGACGGGGACUAUGAUUACCUCAUCAAAUUCCUAGCCCUCGGUGACUCGGGCGUGGGAAAAACCAGCUUCCUCUACCAAUACACAGAUGGCACGUUUAACUCCAAGUUCAUCACCACAGUCGGGAUAGACUUCAGAGAAAAACGAGUGAACUACAAAUCCUCAGGUCAAGGUGGAUCAGUUCGAGGGCAGAAGAUCCACAUGCAGCUGUGGGACACUGCUGGACAGGAGAGGUUUCGGAGUUUGACGACCGCGUUCUUCAGGGAUGCGAUGGGUUUCCUCCUCCUGUUUGACCUCACAAACGAGCAAAGUUUCCUCAACGUCCGAAACUGGAUGAGUCAGUUACAGAUUCACGCAUACUGCGAAAAUCCAGACAUCGUUCUAUGUGGCAACAAAUGUGACCUGACGGAUCAGAGAGCGGUGAGAGAAGACGAGGCACGAGAGCUGGCAGAGAAAUACGGUAUCCCAUACUUUGAGACAAGUGCUGCUAACGGGGAGAAUGUGAACCAGGCUGUGGACGACCUGCUGGACCUCAUCAUGAGGAGGAUGGAACGAUGUGUGGACAAGUCGUGGAUCCCGGACGGGACCGUCCGAGUUAACGGAAUGACCAACUCAGAAAUCCCAGAGAGCUCGGAGAAGAGCAAAUGUGCAUGUUAGAAUGAUGAGGAGUCAUUUUAGUUACAUAUGUGUGUGUCCAUGAUACUGGCGAUGAAAAAGGAGGAUGACAAUGUUCAAUGUUUCACAUAGUGAGAGGAUUAUUUCUGUGCUAGGUCAAACCUAACAGUAAUUUGUGCCCAUAGCUCCAUAAACUGUGCAUACUUUUAUUGACACGCUAUAUUAUUUGUCAGUACAGAUCUCAGUGCCUUUUUGAAUAUGGAAAUUGUCAUAAGGAUUAAUUUUAUUAAUUAAUUUUGAUUGUGCGUAUUGGAUAUUUAUUGCCUGGCUUAUAUGUCCAUCUUUUCAUCACUGGUGUUUACUGAUCACAUUUUGUAUAAACUUUGUGUUCCCUGUUGCAGCAGAAAGCAGAGCCCUGCCAGAAGUGCCAUAAAUAUUCUAUCAAUACUU